AACAGCAGCCCGAAAAACACACAUAUAAUACACACCGAAAUAGGCACAUCGGCGGACUAGCAGCCCAGACUGCCGCGGAGGCUUUCAUAUAUACACACACACAGUCUCUUACUUUGGGAGCUUCUCUUUUUACUCAAAUAAGGAAUCGCCUGUUUUUGGAGAGAUGGCCCAGGAGACCAAUCAAAGCCCCGUGCCCAUGCUCUGUGCCACCGGCUGUGGUUUCUAUGGCAACCCUCGGACCAAUGGCAUGUGCUCGGUCUGUUACAAAGAGCAUCUAACGCGGCAAAACAAUGGUGGAGUCAGUCCUAUUAGCACAAUGGCUUCCAGCAGUGUCACUAGUAGUCCUACCUCUGAAGCCUCGGCCAUCCAGAUCAUUGAAGCUACUCUUAACAACUCUACUGCUAGUGCUGAGUCGCCCUGCGCUGCUGCUGCAGCUCUUCCGGUUACACAACAGAUGACGGAGAUGAGCAUUUCCUGUGAAGAUGACGCCGCCUCGCCAAAAGUAGAUCUUCCUGAGCCAGUUGUCACCCAGCCGACAGCGUCCAGCGCACCUCCAAGCACAGCUGAAGAAGAGACCAAAACCACCGGAGCCCCCAAACCCAAGAAGAACAGAUGCUUCAUGUGCCGCAAGAAGGUCGGCCUGACAGGGUUCGACUGCCGCUGUGGGAAUCUCUUCUGUGGUCUCCAUCGCUACUCAGACAAGCACAACUGCCCGUACGACUACAAGGCCGAAGCCGCCGCCAAGAUCCGCAAGGAGAACCCAGUGGUGGUGGCUGAUAAAAUCCAGAGAAUAUAAAGCUCUCGUCCGCCGCUUCACCUCCGUUUAGCGAGAGACGAGAAGAAAGGACUCGCACUUUGACCUGUGAUUCUAAAGACUAGUUUUUUUAAUUACCGUAUGGGGGAAGAAGCCGCUUUCUAAGCCAAUGCAUGAGUGAUCACCGUCUCUCCAUCUUUCUGUUGUCAGUAAAUGAGCUUCGAAUUGAAACGAACGAGGGGAGGAAAAAAAGAGAAACAAGAGUGUGUGUGUUUGUGUGAAUGUGUGCUCAUUGGUUUAGUCUGUGACGUGGACUCUUGAAGACUGUUACGGCUCUGAGCGCCGGCGGAGCAGCAGUGCAUGGCUGGCUCAUGUAGCACACGGACGCUCUUCACUUCCUCAUGGAGUCGCCUUCACCACACUAGCAGACGCUUUCCCGUAAUUCAACUCUUCAAGUGUUUCUUUUUUAAACCGUUCAGCGACUGUGUGAG